AUGGCAUUACAUCCGGGUCAUGAGAUGAUAUUGAUACCGAGAAACCAUUCAAUGGCAUCCCGUGGUUUCAACCUUUGUUAUGAUGGUUCCUUAAAAUCAUCAGAUUUCCGUCAUAGUCACUCGCAAAGUCCUUCCUCAAAUCCACCUUUACAUUAA